AUGGAUACUGAUACAUUUGAUAACAAUUCAGUAGAUAGUAAUUUAGAAAGCGCAAUCCCCGAUGAAGAAGUAAUUGACAAUGUUAUGGUAGAUGGAGAUACAGCAGACGCCGAAGAAUUAGGUUUUGAUUCAAUAGAAGAUGAAGGAUUGCUUGAUGAUGGAUUAGAAGGCGACAUGCUAGAUGAUAAUAUUCCAACCGAUGAUAACGUGUCAGAUGAAAUAUUGGAUGAGGAAAUCUAUACUGAGGAUUAUGUAAAUGAGGCCACAAUGGACACCGAUUAUACGGAUAACAAAGAUGUAGGUGAAGAAGUGAUGGAGGAUGAGCCAAUAGCUGAAGUAGAGGUAGGUGAGGAAAUGGAAAAUGAUUUUUACGCGGAUGAACAACUAGACAGCAGGGACUCUUCUAAUCUAGAAGAUUUUAACUCAGAGGCCGAUAAUCUAGAAACUCCUGAGUACCAAGAUGAGGGAACCGAAGCUAGCGAUUAUGUAGAUAACGAAAACGUAGAAAGUACUGUAGUAGAUAGUGUCGACACUGUUAGUGGAAAUACGGCAGAUAACAGCAAUACCGCGGUCCAUAGUAACCCACUAAGCCGAAGUACUGCAUUGCCUGCAGAAUUGUUAGAUAAAGCUGUCCUCGCUAAAUUUGAAGACAAUAGUUUUCUGCAGAGACUAAAAGGCGGCUAUAGGAACAUAUUCACGCCAAAUGGGUUGUUAAGUUUUCUUUUUUCACUUUUAAGUGUUGGUUUUUUUACAAUAGUGUGUGCGAAUUUUCUGAAGGAACUCUCAAUGCCAUCAAAGAGGCAACAACAGUAUGUCUUUGCCAGAGAGCCUUCAUUUUUGACAAGUCAGGCUGCCAACUUUUAUAAAUACACCCCAGACGCAGUGGAAAAAUUGAAAGAAAAUGAAUGGAACAUGUGGAAGAGACAAUUGAAUAACAACUGGGAAGAAUUCAAGGAAUCCGUAGAAGAUGGAAAGAAAAAAUGGCUUGUAGAUAAGGACAAAGAUUGGGAAGAUUGGCUAAGAGUUAUGGAAAAAAAAUGGAUGCAUUAUAAUGAAGGACUGGAUAAAGAAUAUAAAUCAAACCUUUUCGAAAAAUCUGCACACUGGGAUGACCGACAGUGGGAAGAAUGGAUAAGGACAGAAGGAGAAAAAUUCAUGGAGUUGGAUUGGAAAAAAUGGAUGUAUGAAAAUAAAUACCACUUAGAUGAUUGGGUUUCAAAAGAGUGGGAAAAAUGGAAAAAAGACAAAAUAAUGUCAUGGAUGUUACGUGACUGGAAACUUAAUGAACAGAAAUAUUGGGAUGAUUGGGAAAGUAAGACUUGGCCUAAAUUAGUGAAUUUAGAAGACAGAGACAACUGGAUCAAAUGGAAAGAAAGAAUAAAUAGGGAAUGGGCAGAUUGGAGAAACUGGGUACAGGAAAAAGAUAACGCAUUCGUAAAUAACAAAUGGAAUGAUUGGUCCAAAUGGGGAAAUUAUAGACGAGCUAUGUUUGAUCAUUGGAUGAAGCCAUUUAUUGAAAAAUGGAUAGAUCAAAAACAGUGGAAAGUGUGGACAGAAGAAAGAAAUUAUGCACUUGGGACAGCUGUUGCCUAA